UGAAACUAUAGAACUAAGUUCCAUAUGACAUCAUUGAUUGACAUAAUUAGACAAUUUUUAUGUUUAAUUUAAUCAACCUGCCACCCAAGCGAUCAUGUGUUCUUGAGGACAAGAAUAUACAUGGUGACAACUAAUUCCCAUCACCCAUGUGACCCUUCAUUUGACAUUUAUCACUAAGUCCCUCAAUAAGUAGCUACACAAAAUCAUCUAAAACUCCAACUUUCUCAUCAAUUUCUUCAACUUCUUCUUUCUCCCUAAAACAAUGGCAAGAAAAUUUGGAAUUUUCUUCACUAUCUUUUGCCUUCUCUUUACUUCAUCUCUAGCAGAUUGGAACAUUUUGAAACAGUACAAAACCAAUGAUGGUCUCAAAAUCAGCCUUAAGAAUUACUGUGAGAGUUGGAGAAUGAAUGUUGAGUUGCACAACAUUAGAGACUAUGUUGUUGUCCCUCAAGAAUGUGUUGCCUAUAUUGCAAAGUACAUGACUUCCACUCAAUACAAAGUGGAUUCUGAAAGAACAAUUGAUGAAUGCAUACUUCAUAUUAGUACUAAUUGUAUUUUGGAACAUGAUGGGAAAGAUGCUUGGAUUUUUGACAUUGAUGACACCCUUCUUUCCUCUGUUCCUUACUACAAGAACAAUGGCUUUGGGGGAAAUAAGUUAAAUAUGACAUCUUUGGAGGCUUGGAUGAGCCAAGGGAAAGGAACAGCAUUGAGUCAUUCUGUGAAGUUGUUCAAUCAUCUUAAAGAGCUAGGAGUUCAAAUCUUUAUUGUUUCUUCAAGAAGAGAACUUCUUAGAUCUGCCACCGUUGACAAUCUUGUCCAUGUUGGUUUCUAUGGAUGGAAGGGCCUCAUACUAAGAGGUCAAGAAGAUGAAUGCAAGAAUGCUCAGAAAUUUAAGGCAGAGGUAAGAAGUAAGCUUAUAAGCAAAGGCUAUAGAAUUUUGGGUAUUGUUGGAGACCAAUGGAGCAGCAUUGCGGGUCUUCCAAGUGCAAAAAGAACAUUCAAACUUCCAAAUCCUAUGUAUUAUCUUGCUUGAUGUGGAUCCACUUUGUUCAUUUCACUUGUGAAUUUGUUAUGUUCUUGUGAGGAUAAAAAACACAGACUUCUUGUUGGAUGUAAUCUGUUUUCUCUC